AUGCUCUGGAUUCUAGAUGUUGAUGCCUCACGUCGCAAAGUUCUACUUCCAAUCAAACCUGAACAGGAUCCAUUGCCGUUAAAGUCGCAAAUAGGUUGUCACCUUGGGAAUAAGGUGUACUCCCUGGGGGACACAUGGCAUCCAGAUCUGGGAAAACCCUUUGGAAUAGCCUACUGUGUGGCAUGCCGUUGUGAGGCGCAGCGGAGCCAUUGGGGAAAAACAUCUGGUAAGAUCAGUUGUAAAAGCAUCAAGAGUCAUUGUCCUGCAAUCACCUGUUCCAAUCCUAUCGAAAUCCCUGGACAGUGCUGCCGAGUGUGCCCCAAGGCUCUUCCUCCACCCAUCCAUACGAAGAAAUCAGAAUUUAUUUUUGAGGAGUUUGAAUAUUUUCAAGAAAAAGAUGAUGAUCUUUACAAUGACCGUUCUUACGUCAGCUCUGAUGAUGUUGGUGUUGAAGACAGCCGUACAGAAUACAUUGCCUUUUUGACUGCUUCCAGUCCUGUGUGGCCCCCAGUGAAUAGUGGUCUUGCCAAGGCUAAAUUCAAUUUGCAGCGUUCUAAUUUACUGUUCUCCAUCACAUACAAAGGGAUACAUGGUCUUUCUCGAGUUCGUUUCACAGACCCCGAUGGCUCUGUGUUGUUUGAACAUCCUGUGCACAGAGUGGGGUACCCGAAUAGUGACACACUCUGUGGCAUAUGGAGGUCUGUUCCUCGCCCUUCUCUGCACCUUCUCCGUUCGGGACACAUUCUUGUUUCUUUGGUGACCACAGCACUUUCCGAGCCUGAAAUUUCUGGCAAGAUUAUCCGCCACAAAGCUUUAUUUUCAGAAUCUUUUAGUGCCCUUCUAACACCGGAAAGCACAGAGGAAGCAUUGGAACGAGGUCUUGCCAUGCUGACACUUAGUGAUGUAGAUGACAAUCUGCACUUUAUCCUUAUGCUCAGAGGAUUACAAGGAGGAGAACGAGAAAGGAUUCCAAUAACUGUGCAAAUUGUACAUCACAAUCAUGUUAUAAGGGAGCUCUACGCCAAUAUUACCACACAGGAGCCAGAUUUUUCAGAGGUUUUGCCAGACCUCUCCAGCCGAGAGAUGCAAUGGCUUGGCCAGGGACAGUUGAAGAUUGCAGUGCAGACCGAGGGAAGGCAUGGACAGCGCAUCUCAGGCAUUAUUACAGUCAGGAAGUCAUGUGACACUCUGCAGAGUGUUUUAUCUGGAGGAGAUGCCUUGAACCCAACAAAAAGUGGAUCAGUAGGUUCUGCAACCUUCACACUUAACGAAAAUGGGACAGUGGAGUAUCAGCUUCAGGUUGCUGCCAUUAUGAGUGAAGUGACAGCAGUGACACUGGAGACCAAACCUCGAAGAAAGAUUAAAAGAAAUAUUUUGUAUGACCUAACUAAGGAUUACAAUGAUGGGAAGGCUUGUGGGUUGUGGACAGGAGCAAAUGCCCGGGAUCUGCACAUGUUACUUCAGAGUGAACUUUUCCUUAAUGUAGCCACCAAAGAUUUCCAGGAAGGAGAACUGAGAGGACAAAUCACACCUUUACUAUAUAGUGGGAUGUGGGCCAGACAUGAGAAUCUUCCAAUCCCCCUGGCUGGUCAGUAUGUGUCACCACCCCUGAAGACAGGAUCAGCUGGUCAUGCCUGGGUGUCUCUGGAUGAACACUGCCACCUGCACUAUCAGAUUGUGGUGACUGGUCUGGGGCGUGCAGAGGAUGCAGCACUGAAUGCACAUCUGCAUGGCUUUGCUGAACUAGGUGAAGUCAGUGACAGCUCAAAUGGUCACAAGAGGCUGCUGAAAGGCUUCUAUGGAUCAGAGGCUCAGGGUAGUGUAAAGGACCUUGAUCUUGAACUGUUCAGCCACCUCAACCAGGGCAAUGCAUUCAUCCAAGUCAGCACAAAGCUUAAUCCGCGUGGAGAGAUUCGGGGUCGAGUACAUAUUCCAAACAGCUGUGAAUCGGGAAGUACACCACUGUCUCCAGAGGACUUUGAGCGUGAAUCAGUUGAGAAGAGCAGCCAGCGUCACUCAGAAGAUCUUGGAAAGGACUCCAGGUCUUGUCAUUUUGAAGGAAAGCUAAGGGCUCAUGGAUCUAGAUGGACCCCUGACUAUGACAAGAAGUGCACAGUAUGCAGUUGUCAGAAACGCACUGUGAUCUGUGAUCCUAUUGUGUGCCAGCCUCUGAACUGUACUCAGCCUGUCCAGUUACCUGACCACUGCUGUCCAGUGUGUGAGGAUCGAGGAUACUUAGUUAAUUUUGUAUGUAAAUAA